CCACCGUUUCAUAUUAAAGAUGUUUUUCAUUUCAGGUUGAAGCUUCUUUCUGAAGAGAGCUUAUUUUUUUAAAUGAAUCAAUACAAGCAAACAAGAUCGUUUCCGGGGAUUGGUAUGGCAAAUACCUUACGAUUUGCCUGGACUGAAAAGGAGAUGGAACCGUGGAGUAGAGAGACAUUUGGAAGGACCAUUUUGAUGGGAUGCCUCAGGAUAGAGGUGAAGGAAGUGCUCUGCCUUCAAGGGAACCCGAAUGAGAAGGCUUUCGAUGUGACGUUUCACAAAGAACAAAAACAUGACGAAGUAAUGAAGAUGGCAAAGGAAGCGGAGAAAACGGGACCCCUGUGCCAUUAUGCGGUGACCAGCCUGGCGAAGAACAACUUCAGGGUGGUCACCGUAACCAUGUACAAUCCGCAUGUGAAAGAUGAAGAGGUGAGGGCCUUUCUGGGGAGAUAUAUGGACAAUGUCUCCUCAGCGAGGUACCUCAGGGACUCCCUGGGUUUCUGGAACGGAAAGAGAGGUUUCCAGGCGUUACUCAGGGAGUCCCCGAAGAGUGUGGAUGGCUACCUCCAUCCUCCGGCGAUGUUCUCCCUGGGGGCUGACAGGGGAACACUCUACUAUGCACGUCAGCCCCCGUUCUGCAGGCGUUGUAUGGCCUGCGGCCAUAUCCUGGCCUCGUGCAGCACCAAGAGGUGUCGGUUUUGUGGGUCGGAAGAGCACGAGGCCAGGGAGUGUGACGAGCCCAAGGCUUGCCACGGGUGUGGCUCAAGAGCACACCUGUGGCGUGAUUGCCCGUCUCGUCACAGGUCAUACGCGUCUGCAGCUGGGGGAGGAGCGGGGGAUGGGGGAGAAAAGAGAGGACGCGGAUUGUACGGAUGGCACAGGGGAAAGGCAGAGGACGAAGGAAGAAGGAAGAAGAAGAAAGAGUGA